GUGACAGUGACAGUAACAUUUGUCCCUUUGCGUCAAAAGUUUCAUUUGUAUUUAUUUUAAUUAUUUUAAUAAACUACUUGUAAUUUAUAAAAUAAUGUUGUUAUAAUUAUAAGUGCAAUAUUCUAUUCACUACGAGAUAUAUCAUGCCUUUUGUAAUAUAUCUGGCUGUCGAUCAUGUUUAGAGUUUUGUUUACAUAGCCAGUUUCAAUUCCAACAAUUAUGUUUAGGGUGUUGCUUAUUUGUAUGCUAAAUAUUGCGUAUGUUUACAAUGAAAACACUAAAUGUGGAUGUAAUGCUGACCGGGCGCAAGGAGGCAUUCAAAGUAAAUACCUAGAUCAUACGCAGCAAUCGGAAGCCGAUCAUUGUCCAUUUGAACAUCACUCUAAUGUUGAAGAUGACGCAUUGAGUGACAUGGUGGCUGUACCUGCGGGUGAAUACCAAUUUGGGACUGAUGAUGAAAUGAUCCAAGCUGAUAAUGAGGGACCUCAAAGAAUAGUUAAGUUAGAAACAUUCCUAAUGGGUAAAUAUGAAGUCUCAAAUAAGGAUUUCAUGAAAUUUGUUUCAUCUACAAAUUAUAAGACUGAAGCUGAAACUUUUGGGGACAGUUUUGUUUUUACAUUGUUUUUGAAUGCAACAUUCAGAGAAAAAUUACAAGACUUCAGAGUGGCUCAAGCUCCAUGGUGGUAUAAAGUUGAUGGAGCCGAUUGGAAGCAUCCCUAUGGCCCUGAUUCUAAUAUUCAAGAUUCAAUGGAUCAUCCUGUGAUCCAUGUGUCCUGGAGAGAUGCUCAAGCAUACUGCAAGUGGAGAGGGGCUCGCCUGCCUACUGAGGGGGAGUGGGAGGCUGCCUGCCGCGGUGGAAAGCAUGGGACCAAGUACCCCUGGGGAGACAAGCUGUUUCCUGAUAGAACACAUAUGGCAAACAUAUGGCAAGGAACCUUUCCCAAUCACAACUCUGCAAAGGAUGGUUAUAUUGGCACCAAUCCUGUGAACAUGUUUGAGCAAAAUGGUUUUGGUCUUCACAAUAUGGCUGGGAAUGUGUGGGAGUGGACUGAAGACUCCUGGACUAAAGAUGCUCCAAAGGAAAAGGUGAAAAAAGGUGGUUCAUACUUAUGCCAUCGCUCAUACUGCUACCGCUACAGGUGCUCUGCGCGAUCUCACAACACUGAGGACAGUUCAGCGGGAAAUUUGGGAUUCCGCUGUGCAAAGUCAGUUUAAUUCCUUGAUCGCGAAAGACGGCCAUAGAUGCCCACGGUUACAGUCUAAGACUAACUUAAAUGUUAUUUAUAUUAGGCGUGGCGUUCUGAGGGUUAACUUUCUGGAAUAACCUAAGAAUGGGUUUAGUGGUGUAGGUAUUGGUAGUCUCUACCUUAAAACAUGCCCCAUAUAAUCGUAAAUUGGUGUGAACAGUGAAACAGUGUUUUAGCUCUACUGUAAAAUUAUAUAUUAAUGUAGUAAAUUCAUAUUGAUAGUCUGUUUUGAAAGUUUAUACAGUAAAUCAAUAUCCCUUUUGAGUUUAGAUAUUUAUUUCGCUAUCAACUGAUAAAGGCAGAUGCCCACUGCAGCGCACGGCCAUGCUUACGCAUGUUUUGAAGUCGCUAUGUAUCAUAAUGAAAAUCGACCCACUUCGUUGUAGUGGUUUCCGCCUUUAGGUGACUUUUACAAAGUUACAAACCUCGCAAGAACCUAGGUCAUUGUUUCUUUUAAUAGACCUCGUCGUAUGUACGCUAAUUUUAGAUUUUUUUAGGAAGUUUUGUUAUGGAACAAAUUCUGUCACAAUUUUGCGGGGACUUAAGGCAAUUUCGAUAACUAUCGAAAUUGCCUUAAGUCCGUAACGGAUAAAAUUAUAUAAUAACUGUUAUAUAAUUUUAUUUGUCACAUUAUUACUUAAACAUAAAAACUGUAUACUAUGAUAUACUUAUAUACAAAGUCUUCCAAGUAUUUUGUCGAUCAAAUAAAUAUAUUAGGGACCUACCUAAAUCAAUAACGUUAGCAAUUAUACUUAUAAGUAAUACAUCCAGUAUACUUUCACUAUAUGUGUGUAUAACCUAUCCAAUUAUUUAUUUAUUAAUGUACUACUACGCCUGCUAUUCCUUUAGCAAAGAUAUGUUACAAAUCGCCAAGGAUUGUAAUUAUUUUGAUAUUAUCAGUAGGCGUACUUACUUUUAUACCAAAAUAUAAUGUUAACUUUGA